CCCCCCAUUGCCAGUUUCCGGUAUUUAUUCUUCUAUUGUCAUUGAAUGUUGUUCAAUGGCAUAGAAGAAUCGUAGACUAAGUAGAUCUAUAAACAGAAGCAUUAUUGCUGUUAUUUUAUCUUUAUAGUAAACCUUUAUCAAAAUAUCUUAGAGUAGGGAGUACUAAUUACGAUUAUGUGAAAGUCUUCCAUUUAAUGCAUAGUCUGCCUUUGUUUAGAAGCAAUAUGGCUGCAGCGGCUGUGAAAACAGUUUUAAAAACCGUCAAACCUCAUGUCCCAUUGAUUAAAUUUCCAGCUCGCACACCAAAUCUACCACAGUCAAAUACUUUUGAAGGAGCUGUCAGUAAAGCAGAAAAUAAAUCUAAUUCAACCAAUAGUUUAACAUCUAACAGAAAAGCAAUUGAUUCUGCUCAGCUACCAUUUAAAUAUCGUAGAAAACCUUUGACAGAUGAAGAAAUAGAAAUAAUUGAGAAAGGAGGACUGCUUAAGUAACAUGAUAAAUACUGUACAAGACCAGUAUAUCAAUCAAAUCAGUUCUUGAGUGAAAAUAUUACUUAAGUUUGCUGAUCAUGGUUAUAUUGAAUGAUUAUGUAUAUAGAAGUAGGCAUUCCAAGCUUAAUCCAUGCAAAUUGGUCUGUUGCCUUUGCUAAGUUAGUUUGGAUUUCCUUAUAAAAAUGUGUUAAUAAAGUAUUUAAAUUGA